UGGGGGGGAGGGGCGGGAGCGGGAUCCCGGAAGUGCUGCAGGGCCGGCCAGGGAGCGGAGCGGCGGCAAGAUGUCGGAGCGGAAGGUUUUGAACAAAUACUACCCGCCGGACUUCGACCCGUCGAAGAUCCCCAAGCUCAAGCUCCCGAAGGACCGGCAGUAUGUGGUGCGGCUCAUGGCGCCCUUCAACAUGCGGUGCAAGACGUGCGGGGAGUACAUCUACAAGGGCAAAAAGUUUAACGCCCGCAAGGAGACGGUGCAGAACGAGAUGUACUUGGGGCUCCCCAUCUUCCGCUUCUACAUCAAGUGCACCCGGUGCCUGGCGGAGAUCACGUUCAAGACAGAUCCUGAGAACACGGACUACACCAUGGAGCACGGAGCCACACGCAACUUCCAAGCGGAGAAACUUCUGGAGGAGGAAGAGAAGCGAAUGCAGAAGGAGCGGGAGGAAGAAGAGCUGAACAAUCCCAUGAAGGUCUUGGAGAACCGCACCAAGGACUCCAAGCUGGAGAUGGAGGUUCUGGAGAACCUGCAGGAGCUGAAGGAGCUCAACCAGCGGCAGGCGAAUGUGGACUUUGAGUCUAUGUUGAAGCAGUACAAGGAGUAUGAGGAGGAGCAGAAACGCCAGGAGAAGGAGGAAGACGAGCAAGAGCUGAAAGCGAUGUUGGAGGAGGCGGAGAACCGGCGGUUGUUGCAAGAUUCCGACUCGGACGAGGAACCUGCCCGAGUGUCCCCGCACCCAGCAGCAAAACUGAAAGCCACAGACUUCCUCCAGGAGGACACUGAGCCCCAGAGCAAGAAGCUGAGGGCAGAGAACUGGGAGAAGAGUGUGGGCAAGCUCAACAGCAAGCCCCAGCUGGCUGGGCUGGUCACGGUGAAGAAGCAGAACCCAGGCUCAACUGUUGCGAAUGGGAGGGGGAAGCUGCCAGCACUGCCAAGCACAGGUGCUGGGAGUUGGAGUGUUCCCUUGCCUGCGGGGACCCAGCCCGCACCAGCAGCCCAGGGCUCUUCCCUCAGCUUGCUGGGGGCUUACUCGGAUAGCGAAGACAGCCCCAGCGACUGACCCAGAGUGGCUCUGCUAAGAUCCUGCCCGCUCUCCUUUUGCUCCCCUCCCCCAGCCAAUGAGAGGGGCACAGUUGGAAAGUGCAGGAGGACUGGGAUUACCUUCCCUCACCCAGCCCGCACUCAGCUGCCCUCUGCAUAACAAAGCUGACCAUAGAGUUGGCUUCCUGUAGCAGAGAGCGGCCCAGGCCAUCUGCACAUGCCGCUGACCAUCUGUAAUCAGAGCGGCUCUCCCUGCCUGGGAAGAGCCUUGCUAAUAUGCUGUCAUGUUGCAGCAUGCCUUCAAAGUGGGCCCUAGAGCACGAUCGCCGCCAGGCAUCUCUGUAUUGUCAUCCACCUACCCCGGCUCCUGUCAGCCCGGUGUGAGUGAUGGCGACACCAGCAAACCAGCCCCCUGGGGACGCAACUCUAUUAGAGGAGACAACUGCUGCUUGUCAGCGUCUCCACAGUGAGCUUCCUGCUGUGGGUUUUGGGGCAGGGGGGAUGGGAGGGAGAUGCACAAACCAGAGCAGUCCAGCAGGGCUGAGCCCUAGAUGCCACCAGCUGAAGCUGGGAUCUGUCACCUGUGCUUUGGCAGCUAAACUGGGUGGUAAUGGUAACAGCCAUGGAGUUCCCAGAGAGCUUAGCCUGCCUCUGCCCGUCACUGACUGCCCUUCCCCAUGCUCUUCUUUUGACCACCAGGCAGCGUGAAUGCCUCACUGUCCACAUGGGCCACCUGAGUCCUAACCCAGUUCACUCUCAGUGCAAUAAAGGGCCCUGGAAGAGGUUUCUUUCCCUGCCCCCAUCCUUCUCUGUCUCAGUGCAAAUCUCAUUGCUAGCUGGAGCAGGGAAGCCUGAAUUCUCUGGCCAGGUUGGAAUGUGACCGUCUUGCUUGGAGAGGCAGCAAGUUACUAAAUCACCUGGCUGGGAAGCCUCUACGUCCCUCCCUCAGCGCCAGUGAUUAAUAGCGUCCUCCAUGUCUGCGCUGGUACUAGUCUAGCUGGUGCUGGGGGAGUAUGGGGUGCGCUGUGCUGACUGAGUGUCCUCAGCAGAAGUGGCUUCUGCUUCCCCACCCACCCUGCUGCAGCAUAAGGCAAACCAAGCUUAGAGCCCUCUCUUCCUCCCCACUUAAGCCCCAUGUCCUCUACCAGCAGCUCCACAGCAGCACAGCGCAACACAGACCCACCUUCUCCCCCAUCAGCCCUUGUGCCCCCUGGCCCUCUGCAGUCAUGGCCAUGCCCAUGUUUCCUCAGGUUGCCCGGCAGCGGAUGCUCUCCAGCAUCUCCUCACUGUGCCUGCAUCCAAGUCCCUCUCCCCUAUCCAGAAGUCCCCUUAGGGGCUUGUGGCUAAGGUGUCUAGAGAUGAGACGUGCUGCUCAGGAAUGCUGCUAACCUUGGCUGUGCUGCCUUGUUGCUCUGUGCCUCCAUUUCUCCAUCUGGGAAAGGGGCCAUCCUGGCUCUGACCCCCAGGAAGCUCAGGGCUACAAGGAGUUGGAGAAAUUGGAGUAGGAUUAAUAGGCAUUUAGGACCUGGCUCUGCUGCCCAGGGACUGUGGUGCCUGAUGGCCACAGGGUGCAUUAGCACAAGGUAGAAUAGCAAGCAGGGGCAAAGGAGCAGGAUCAUGCCCUUGGCUGGGUCAAGCCCUUGGCAACUCUCACACCCGUGGCUGGGUCAAGCCCAUGUGCUGGGCAGGGCUGAGGCCUGGUAUGUUGUCUCUUUCCCACCCAGUUGCAGAGCACAGCUCCUCUUCCCUAGCUGCUGCCAAGGUGAUGCGCUCCCAGUGCCACCAGUGAUGAGCUCUGGCUCACAGCCCACAGCAGCCCCACUACCCACAGAGCCCUGGAUCCAGGGACAAGAACCCAGUGUCCCGGUGACAUUCCCCAUCUCUGGGAGCCUGGGGAUAAGAUCACCCCCUCCUGGCUUCCCCUCUUCCACCCUCUCAAGUGCUCCCUGUCCCUGCUGAGCCAGAUAAGCUUCCUCCUGCUUCUUCCCAGCCCUGUGGGUCAGCAGCUCCUUGGGGUUCAGCCCCAUGUCACAGGCCCUUCCCCCUGGUGCUGAUCCUGGCAGCGCGACCAUGUUGCUGCCUGUUGGAGGCGACUGGGCCACCGUAAUAAAUUGGACAUGUCAGCGCC